AUGGCGCCGUAUCCCGAACGCAGUCUUUACACGCAUAUUUAUGCGAGUAAAUUGGCUCUUGAUGUUGAAAAUCGUCGACUCUAUUACAUUGAAUAUAUGCAGAAAGAAAUUUCUUUUGUGAACAUCGAUAACAGUCAACGUUCGAUUGUCAAGUAUUUUUAUGGAGUAGAGUCUCCGAUUGAAAAUAUCCAAGUCUAUCCUUUGUCAAGAUCACUUUACUUGAUGGACAGGUUUCAGUUGAUUCUACAAUACUAUGACAAUAAAACAGAGACGAAAAUACCUGGCUUCAAAAGAGGAUGCGACGCUUUUUCUAUUGAUCAUGCAUAUCAGAGACUGUUGUGGAUUGUUGUGAGCAGACAAACCUUAGUUUGGACUGGCUUGAUGGGCGAAGAUCCAAUCGAAGUAAAGAUGUCAGAAGCCAAGCUUAAUAAACCUCAGACUUACAGCUGGAAUAACAGAAUUUACAUAACAGACCAUACAACUAACUAUCUCCAGAUUUACAACUGCAGCGGUGAAUUAAUGGAAAGGUUGAAUUCUACCUCGCAAAGAGUUCAUUUCAACGAGUUCACUAGCCUGUUGUUUGUACCAGAGCACAUAUAUCGUAACGUGUAAUAUUAGGGUGUGUUCGAUUGGGACGUUGGAAUUCAUUCAGAACUAUUUCUAAUAUUCGAGAAAAAAAAAACAUUUCAACUUAUUUUCGUGCUUGUAUCCAAUUACGGUUCAAGUACGCUAUCCUGGGCACACACCUCAUCUA